AAAAGAUCGCAGGACCAUGGCCUGAUAGUCUCCUCAAUCUAUCUUCUUUUGUAGUACUAAUGAUCAAGAUAAUAAAUAAACCUGCCGGCAAUCUGGUCUGACACAUCAUCAGCUUAGAACAGCCAUGCCCUUGAGGCGGCCCCCCAAUUGUUCUGCACCACAGUCCAACAGCCUCGAGCCCUUUGGCUGUCUCUUUUUGGAAUUGUUCCUGCUACUACUACUUGUAAUCCUAUCUUUUUCCCCUAAUCCUUGUUAUGCCUCUUGCAACCAACUUGAUCGCAAAACCCUCUUGUCCUUGUCCAUCAACAAUGCUAGUACACCACCUUUAAAUUGGUCUUCUGUUGAUUGUUGCUUCUGGGAAGGCAUCUCUUGCGACGGUAAAGAUCGAGUAACGCAUCUAUGGCUACCCUUCAGUGGUCUUCGUGGAAGUAUACAUCCUUCUAUUACAAAUCUCACCCAUCUCUCUCAACUCAAUCUCUCUCACAAUUGGCUCCAUGGCCCUCUCCCAGAUGGAUUCUUCACGUCCUUGAAUCUCCUCCAGAUCAUUGAUUUGAGCUACAACAGUCUCUCUGGACAACUACUAUCAUCUGAUAGAUUGCCAAUUACCAUUCAGGCAGUGGAUUUAUCCAGCAACCACUUGAAUGGAACAAUCCAAUCUUCAUUUCUGCAGCCAGCAUUGAAUUUGGUAAGUUUCAAUAUUAGUAACAACAGCUUCACCGGCCCUAUGCCUUCCUCUAUCUGCAGUAAUUCACCCUCCCUCAUGCUUCUUGAUCUCUCGUUUAAUGGCUUCAUCGGUCAUAUUCCCCAAGGAUUUGGGGCGUGUUCCAAACUGAAGGUCUUACGAGCAGGUUUCAAUCUUCUCUCAGGACAGCUUCCCAGUGAUAUUUACAGCGCUAGCGCGCUGAAAGAACUCUUCUUACCUGUAAAUAAGCUCUCUGGAACCAUUGGCGAAGGGAUUGUUAACCUCGUUAACCUCAGAAUCCUUGCACUCUAUGGUAACGACUUUAUUGGCAUGAUCCCUCAGGAUAUUGGGAAGCUAACAAGCUUGGAACAGUUGCUCCUCCACAUUAACAACCUGAAUGGCACUCUGCCCUCAUCUCUGAUGAAUUGCAGCAGUCUCAUAACCCUCAUUUUAAGGGUCAACUCCUUCGUAGGUGAACUCUCCAGCUUAGAUUUUUCCAAACUUGUUCAACUUAGCACAAUUGACCUUGGGAACAACUUCUUCACUGGUACCUUGCCACCUAGCCUUUUCUCCUGCAAGUCACUGACAGCAGUCCGGUUGACUACUAACCAGCUAGAGGGAGAGGUCUUGCCUGAGAUACUUGCAUUACAAUCUCUGUCCUUCCUCUCGCUUUCUAAUAACAGCCUAACGAACAUCACAGGGGCAAUGCGGAUUUUGAUGGGUUGUAAGAACCUCAGCACUGUCAUCCUCUCUAAGAAUUUUUUCAAUGAAGCAAUACCAGAUGACGAAAGCAUAGUGGAUCCGGAAGGAUUUCAAAAUGUCCAGAUUCUGGGUCUAGGUGGUUGCCAAUUCAGUGGUCAAAUUCCCUCUUGGUUCGCUAAGCUAAUGAAGCUAGAGGUACUUGAUCUGUCUAUUAAUCGGUUAACAGGCUCAAUUCCAGCUUGGUUUGGGACUCUUCCAAAUCUCUUUUAUAUAGACUUGUCCGAAAACCUCCUUGAGGGAGAGUUUCCAAAAGAACUUACCAGACUGCCAAGGUUAGCAUCACAGCAGGGUGCUGAUCAGGUAGACCGCAGUUAUUUAGAGUUACCCGUCUUUGUUCAGCCCAACAACGCUUCAAGUCAGCAAUAUAAUCAGCUCGCUAAUCUGCCACCUGCGGUAUACCUAAGAAACAACAGCGUCAAUGGUAACAUCCCCAGCGAGAUUGGCCAACUGAAGUUUAUUCAUGUCCUGGAUCUGAGUCUUAACGAUUUUUCUGGCAGUAUUCCUGAUACAAUAUGUAACCUCACUAAUUUGGAAAAACUGGACCUCUCUGAAAACCAUUUUUCAGGUCAAAUCCCUGCCUCACUCAAAAAUCUCCAUUUUUUGUCAUCAUUUAGCGUUGCAAACAACAAUCUUCAGGGCCCAAUACCAACAGGAGGCCAGUUUGAUACCUUCCCCAAGUCCAGCUUUGAGGGAAACGAAGGAUUGUGCGGUCCAAUUCUGCAGCACCCUUGUUCUGAUCAGUCGGCCACAACAUGCCCUUCAGCAACUACGAAAAGCCCAAAAAAGAAAAUCAUCAUCGGACUCAUCCUUGGGAUCUGUUUUGGUAUUGGCUUCACCCUCACUGUGCUAGCAUUGUGGAUCUUGUCCAAGAGGAGAAUCCUUCCGAGAGGUGACCCACAAAAUAUUGAAAUGGAUACUAUAUCCGUCAACUCCAAUUCUGGAAUAUCUGCCGAGUUUGGCAAGGAUAGAAGUCUAGUGACAUUGUUUCCAAACAAUACAAACAAUAUCAAGGACCUCACAAUCUCUGAGAUCUUGAAAGCCACUAAUGAUUUCAACCAAGCAAAUAUCAUUGGUUGUGGGGGUUUUGGUUUGGUUUACAGAGCCACUUUUGCAAAUGGGGCCAAAUUGGCUGUCAAGAAACUUUCAGGAGAUAUGGGUCUGAUGGAAAGAGAAUUCAAAGCAGAGGUAGAAGCUCUAUCCACAGCCCAACACACAAAUUUAGUUUCUCUUCAAGGUUACUGUGUGCAUGAUGGUUCUAGAUUACUGAUAUAUUCAUACAUGGAGAACGGAAGCCUGGACUACUGGCUGCACGAGAAGACUGAUGGAGCAUCCCAACUUGAUUGGCCAACUCGACUGAAGAUUGCACUAGGGGCAAGUUGUGGCCUGGCUUACAUGCACCAGAUCUGUGAACCACAUAUUGUGCAUCGUGACAUAAAGUCCAGUAACAUACUCCUUGAUGAUGAGUUUGAAGCACAUGUUGCCGACUUUGGAUUGUCCCGAUUUAUUCUUCCAUAUAAUACUCAUGUAACUACAGAACUGGUUGGUACCCUGGGCUACAUCCCUCCAGAGUACAGUCAAGCAUGGAUAGCCACUUUGAGAGGGGAUGUGUACAGUUUUGGAGUUGUUAUGCUUGAGCUUCUCACUGGGAAGAGGUCUGUGGAGCUAUUCAAGCCAAAGAUGUCAAGAGAAUUGGUUGUAUGGGUGCAACAUAUGAGAAGUGAGGGCAAACAAGACGAAGUCUUUGAUCCUAUCUUGAGAGGCGAGGGAUUUGAAGAAGAGAUGCUGCAGGUACUUGAUGUGGCCUGCAUGUGUGUUAAUCAGAACCCUUUCAAGAGGCCAACAAUCAAAGAAGUAGUUGAUUGGCUCAAGCAGGUUGGGGCCACACGGCAGACAGCAAAAUAAGGGCAACUAUACACAUGUAUAUACAAAACUCUCUGUUUGUUGUUAUUGCAUAUUUUGAUGCAAUAUACUUAUGUAACUAGUUGACUGUGCAGGCAGUCCCUUUUCCCCUUCUUUUACACAUUAACGUUACCUUAUGAGAAUGAU